UCACUCAGGUAUAUGCAAGUAUUAUAAACACAAGAAUAACGCCUCGAAUGACGCUUUACCGAUUCGUAAGGGUUACGACGGCGAGGAAGAGGAACUGGCUUUUUUCGAGGUGGUGGCCCUCCUAAGUCUGUGAGCUAAGACCUCUUCGCCCUCUCUUCUAGAGAGAGGGAUCUCGUGACGAGACCAACGGUUCGCUGACGGAGACAGUGGAGGAGAACUGGAGGGAGGGUCCGCCUUUUCAGCCAUCUUUGAUAAACAAACGUAGUGCGCAUGCGUGAGAAUGAGCCGAUCGAAGGUAGGAGGUCAUCCAUCCGGCUCGCUCCCGUAUAAAUUCGCCACUCAACUCUACUGAAGUAAAUCUGUCCAUAAAGUAAGGCUGAAAAAUCAAUUAUGAGUGGAAGUUCAGCAGUCAGGAGACUGCUGCCUGUCUCAAGGAAGCAGUUGAGGAGAUCGUGGAAGUACAUCAACGCUGCAGUCUCACCAGUCCACUUCAACAAUCCGUCACCUCUCCUGGAGGAGCAGAGUAGAGGACUGAGAGUGAGGUCAUUGCACUGCAGUGCUCCAGGUCCAGCCACUACUGACGCUCAGGGACGACCCAGGAGUGAUCAGGACGACCUCCCAAUGUCUCUGGACCACUUCCGCAAACCUAGUCAACCUUCUGCCGGGACCACUGGCCAUCAGGAGGAUGGAUGGUGUGAUGGAUACACUCUGCCUCACCCUGUGUGGAGUGAGGAGGAAUUGAACUCUGUCCAGAUCACUCACACUCCUCUAGAGAAACCUGUUGACACGGCUGCCUAUUACUCUGUGCAGAUGCUGAGGACGGGGUUUGAUCUGUUGUCUGGGUAUUCGUGGGGCAAGAGGUUUGGUACACUGGAUGAGAAGAUGUGGCUCCCAAGAAUCAUCUAUCUUGAGACAGUGGCUGGAGUACCAGGUAUGAUAGGUGCAAUGGUGCGUCACUUGAAGUCUCUGCGGUGCAUGACUCGGGACCAUGGCUGGAUACACACCUUGCUGGAGGAGGCAGAGAAUGAGGAUGCACCUCCUCACAGCUAUGGAGCUGAGGAGACCUGGACCUCUCUUCAAGAUUGCCGUCAUUGGAACACAGGGUGUGUUUGUGAGUAUGUUCUGGAUAGCGUAUUUCCUCAGUCCCAGAUUUUGCCACAAGUUUGUUGGCUACUUGGAGGAAGAGGCAGUCAAGACCUACACUCACUGCAUUGAGAGUCUGGACAAGGGGGAGCUGAAGCUGUGGGAGAAUACAAAAGCUCCUCAGAUUGCUGUCUGCUACUGGAGACUGCCUGCUGAUGCAAUGAUGAGGGAUGUGCUCCUGGCCAUUAGAGCUGAUGAGGGUCACCACAGAGAGGUGAACCAUACCCUGGGCUCAAUGAGACCCUCUGAAACUAAUCCAUUUGGCCCUGGACAAUGACAUCACACCGCCAGUAUACAUAAACAGUACAAUGGUUCGCCUCAACUGCAUAACAAUUUCUAACUACCCACAUUAGCCAGAUACAUCGGUAGGAUUCACAGACCGAUUUUCAUUGCUAUUUGAAUAAUUUUUCACUGAUGUUAUUCAUAUUUCAUUAACCUGCAUAAUUGAGGGUGGUAGACAAUAUUGGUUUCACACACAAUGUUCUAGACAUACAUACAGGUGAGAUGUACACAUACAUAGUACACAGUAUCAAGGCUAUGUACUCCAUGUACCAUACCUACACACACAGACAGACACACACACACACA